GACGGUGGCCGAGAGGCGGUGAGGGGCCGUCAGUCCGCCUAUAGGGGCAGAGCGGGCCGUCGCAUGUCUGUCGUGCCCCAAAGGACGUUCUUUGGGUGCCUGCUGUGUGCGCUGGACGGUGUGGCGACCCAACGACUAGGAGAGCCGGCGAAAUCCAAGGCUGAUGCCCGGCGAUGGCGCCCCCAUCAGAAGGCGGCACCAACGCCCUGCUGCCAGAUCUCCCCAAGGGACCUCUGCAGGCCUACCGUGCCCGUGCCUCCUUCUGCUGGCAGGAGCUGGCCCUGUUCCUGGAAGGCGAGGAUGUGCUGCGUCUGAAGUGGGCCACUCCUCGUCUCCUGCAUUUCCAGAAGGCCAUCUUCUCGGCUCUGGAGAAUGACCCGCUCUUUGCUCAUCCACACGGGGAAGGCCUCUCCCUGGAGAAGUACCGGGAGUUGAACUUCCUCCGCUGUAAACGGGUCAUGGAGUACAACCUUCUCCCCGUGGAAUCGAUAGUGGCGAACCCUCUGUUGGUCCAGACGCUCGUCACCUGUCUGGGCAUGUAUGACUGGUCCCUGGCUAUCAAGUUACUUCUGCACAUGCUGACUUUUGCAUCAGUGAUUUACAGCUCUGGUUCUGAAAGACAUUUAAAAUACCUUCCAAAGAUCUUCAACAUGGAGAUUUUUGGAUGCUUUGCCGUGACUGAGCUAAGUCACGGGAGUAACGCCAAGGCCAUCCGGACAACUGCACACUAUGACCCCACCACCGAGGAAUUCAUCAUACAUUCCCCCGACUUCGAAGCUGCCAAAUUCUGGAUUGGCAAUAUGGGCAAGACGGCUACCCACGCCGUGGUGUUCGCUCAGUUGUACACGCCGGGGGGCCGGUGCCACGGCCUGCACGCCUUCAUGGUACAGAUUCGGAACCCCAAGACCCUUCUUCCCAUGCCAGGGGUGAUGGUUGGCGACAUGGGGAAGAAGCUGGGGCUGAACGGUGUGGACAACGGAUUUGCCAUGUUCCACAAGGUUCGGAUUCCUCGUCAAGACCUCCUGAACCGGACUGGAGACGUCACCCCCGAGGGCACCUACGUCACCCCCUUUAAGGAUGACAGGCAGCGCUUUGGCGCAACCCUGGGCACCUUGUCCAUCGGCCGGGUCACCAUUAUGGGCAUGUCCACUGCGAACUUAAAGCUGGCCAUCUCCAUCGCACUCCGUUUUUCUGCCACCCGCUGUCAGUUUGGACCGUCAGACGCGGAGGAAGUACCGGUGCUGGAGUACCAGAUGCAGCAAUGGCGCUUGCUUCCCUACCUGGCCGCCGUGUAUGCCUUAGACCACUUCUCCAAAUCGCUUUUCCUGGACUUGGUCGAGCUGCAGCAAGGCCUCAUGGGAACAGACCAAAGCACCAGGCAGGCAGAGCUUGGACGUGAGAUCCAUGCCUUGGCAUCGGCGGGCAAGCCCCUGGCCUCAUGGACCACGCAGCGGGGAAUUCAGGAAUGCCGGGAGGCAUGCGGAGGACAUGGCUAUCUGGCCGUGAACCGCCUGGGUCACCUCAGGAACGACAAUGACCCAAACUGCACGUAUGAAGGGGACAACAACGUCCUGCUGCAGCAGACCAGCACCUAUCUGCUCAGCCUGCUGGCCCGCCGCGUCCACGGUGGCGCUCGCUUUGAGAGCCCUCUGAGGACUGUGGACUUUCUGGAAGCCUAUCCCGACAUCCUUGGCCAGAGGUUCACGUGCCCCAGUGUCGACAGCUGCUUGGACUCCUCAGGUGUACUGCUGCCGUCCCUUGGCCCUGGCGUUCCUGGAGCUCACGGUGGUGCGGAAGUUCCACGAGUACACGCACCAGCACAGCGUGCCGCCCCCGCUGCGGGCAGUGCUGGGCCGGCUCAGUGCCCUCUACGCACUGUGGUCCCUGAGCCAGCACACGGCCCUGCUCUACCAAGGGGGCUACUUUGCUGGCGAGGAAGCAGGUAAAAUGAUCCAGAGCGCCAUCCUGGACCUGUGCUCACAGGUGAGCUGUGAUCACUCCCAUGUCACCACGAUUCCCCCAUGCUACGUGUAGCCGCUAGGUAGUGACACACACCUUCGCCUCGCACACGUUCGUGUGUGUGCAACGCUGAGCAAGAACAGGAAGAUUACAAGAAAAUAUGCCCAAGUCAGAAAUCUUAGGCGAAGAGUGAGUUUUAGGGAAUGUCUUCCAGUCCAUACUCUGUAAUACACAUUUUACAGCUGCCUUGGUGAUUCUCUCCAGCUUUCCAAGGGACUCAGCCUCCAGCUUAAAUUCAUUUCAUGGUAUUUUUCUUAUGUAUUCUUUUACCUUUGUCACCCAGAAAGGUCACGUGGGCCGAACCCCCACUAUACGCUCUGUCCAGUGGGCCCUUCUGCGGGGUGGACGUAUCCUGGAGCCGUGCCGUCCCAUCAGUCACUGUGCCCUGCGGCUGUUGGCCGUGGAAGUGUGUCCAUGUGACCGAGGGUGUUUAUCUUUGAUUUUGACAAACUCACAUGUAAAGGGCCACACGUGCUGGUGCAGCCAGAUUGGGUGACUGUCCUUAGCAGAGUUGUGGCUCCUCUUGGUGGCGAGAAAUCCUUUUAUCGGCUGUCUGAAAUGACUGGUGACAUGCCGCUCCAUUUCUCCCUCUCGGUGCUCAGAGUCGAUGUGGUUCCAGGCAGCACCUCGGUGAUUGGUUUUAAACCUCUCCCCAGACUCAGUGGCGAGCCCUCGGUCUCCGGGGGUUCUGGAUCAGUGUGCGUCUGUGACAGCACCGCUCCCAUGUGUGGCCACGUGUACUUUCUGUCCAGUAAAGCCAGUGACCACAGGGUUUCCUAGGUGUGUUCCCCUUGCUCUGAAACACCUGCGUCCCCCAGAACCCAUGCAUGGCGGCUGUGGCCCAGGCAGGCAGGUGGACACGUGCACAGUCAUGCAGUGGACGCCUCAUUUCCCUCCGCCACUGGGGAGUCCCAGGUCCUUGUUGUCACUCUGGGAGGCCUGAGUCAGACGGGUGGAGGGAGCGCCCGCCCCGUCCAGCGGUUCACUCGUGCGUUGUCUGUGGGUGUGUUGCAUGGCCUCUGCAGAGGGGGGCCGCUGAGCCGGACCAUUUCCUGCUGUCGCGUAGCAGGUGUGCCGACCCCUGUCUAGACAAGGGGCCUUGCUCUGCCGAUGGUUCCAUCCGAAGUGGGUGGGCUCGUUCAUCUGCGAGCCGAGGGCCAGAGGGCGCGUGGCUGUGGAGCGAGGAGCGGGUGCGCUAACAAGCAGGCCCCCAGCCACGAAGCUGUGCUCCUCUCCUCUCUCAUGUGAACGUGGUUGUUCCGAGCCGGCCAGGUGCUCUCUGUCUGCAUCGCUGAAACCGUCCCACUCCAGGGCUCUGGUCGGUGCAGCCGGGGCACGUCACAAUUAUUUUAAGAAAAAAGAAUGUUUUUGCAUCAAGAAAGUUCUUGGGAGUCUUCUCAUAUAAAGUCCACGUGUCGUAGUGAAGAGCCGCUUGCACAAGGGGACGGGGAGUCAUAAAACCACCGUGCACCAGACAGCCUUUGUAGGACGGCUUUCCUAGGCGCCCAUAAACACCUUCCCUGGCACAUUGUUUCCGGACAUGUUUUCCUCCGCUGGAAAGGCAGCUGCCCAGGUCAGGCAGGGUUCAGACACAAAUCUGAGGAUGCUAGCCGGCUAGCGAGCUGCUGAGCCACUCUGACGAGCAGCCCCUACCUUACUGAAAAACAGUUAACGCACAGCCAGUCUUGAGUGAUUAGCGACAUGGAGAAAAUAUUCAGACACACACCAAGGGAAUGUGUGACGCGGGCCCACAAGAAGAUAAUGGGUUAGUAAUCAAGCCACGCACGCGCCUGCUGGGGUUACCGUUGCUAGCGGGGUGUAGCAACAGACGGCCAGUGCUCUGUUUCUCAGCG